UCCUGCGGUCAGACAAGUCGACCUCCAGCCUGACGACCGCACACGCACGACACACACGCAAAAUCCCUAGCCGAAAUAAACAUUCAACUGCUCACGAGACGCACCCGGCUGAAUUGCACCCGUCGCUCGGUUUAGCUUAAAAAUAUAAUUCCGAGUCAGCGUUACUAGAUGCAAUUUAUGGAUGUAACGUUUUGACAACAUGGGAGAACCCGGGAAACUUUAAAACAACAUACAUUUUGUUUCAGACGAUUCAGAACGGUGGAAGUUCAGUGAGAGAUGAAGGAAUCACCCGACUGACAUUUCAGUUUUUUGAGAAACUGCUGAGAAAGUCCAGUCUGGUGUUUGUGCACCCGGGAGCUUGAACGGCAGCCGCGGUGUUGGACGUGUUGACUUGACAACCAGAGGCGAGGAAAAGGAGUGACUGGCCAGAACACACACACAGAGAAGCAUCAUCAGUUGCAUGGUGAGUGUGUGAAUACGAUGGCCAGGAGGGGGCUCACCUGGUGGACACCCCACUGAACUUCCCAGAUCCCCCAACACCCCCAGCCACAUCAUGGCGGGCCUGGUCCUCAACGAGACAGGCAUGGAGGACUGUGGGAUAGAUGACAGCUUCAAGUAUGACCUGUACAGCGUGGUGUACAGCCUAGUGUUUGUUCUGGGUCUCUGUACCAACUGUGCUGCCUUGUUCGUUUUCUGCUUUCGGAUGAAGCUCCGCAACGAGACAACUCUGUUCAUGACCAACCUGGCGUUGUCAGACUUAGUGUUUGUGUUUACGCUGCCCUUCAAAGUCUACUACAAUGUCAACAGACACUGGCCCUUUGGGGACGGUCUCUGCAAGGUAUCAGGAACGGCCUUCAUCACUAACAUCUAUGGCUCCAUGCUCUUCCUCACCUGCAUCAGCGUGGACCGUUUUCUGGCCAUCGUCUACCCUUUCCGCUCGCGCUCAAUCCGAACGCAGAGGAACGCAGUCGUGGUGUGUGCCGCGGUUUGGCUGACCAUUGUGGGUGGAGGGGUAUCGGUGACCUUUUUUUCCACCAUCAACCAGGCGAACCGUGCCACCACCUGCUUCGAGGGAUUCUCCAAGAGCACCUGGAAGACCUACCUGUCCAAGAUCACAAUCUUUAUCGAGAUUGUAGGUUUCCUGCUUCCUCUCCUGGCCAACCUGGUGUGUUCCUCACUGGUGCUGCGGACACUUCGUCGCCCGACAACAAUCGGACAUGGCUGUAACAGCAAGCGCCGCGUCCUGCGCAUGAUCCUGGUCCACCUGGCCAUUUUCAUUGUCUGCUUCGUCCCAUACAACUCCAUCCUCUUCCUCUACGCCAUGGUGAGGAGCCAGGCUUUGGCCAGCUGUCGUUUGGAAAGGUUUGUGCGGACCCUGUACCCCUUGACGCUGUGUCUGGCCACGCUGAACUGCUGUCUGGACCCAGUGGUCUACUACUUCACCUCUGAGUCCUUCCAAAAAAGUCUGACCACAGGGGGCAAAGGAGGGGUGCGGGCAGACAGUAUACCCCGCUCAGACACACACAACAGUAGUGACAGGGAGACCCAGCAGGACACAGUGACUGUAACCAGGGACACGGAGGACGAGACACUCACCAGGGGAGACACUACAGAAGCUCUGGCCAGCAACGGAAAAGACAUGGGAGUGAAGGAGACCCAGUUCUGACACUACAGGGACAAGACGUAGAGAAACCCAGGACAGGAUAGAGAGAUGAAGACUGAUAUUCUGAUUUCUUUAGUCCGACUGACACAGUAAAGCAGUGCUUCACCUCCCAGGUUUACCCUGCUACGUCCUUCAACCAGAUCAUACAGCAGGGGACACCACUGAAGGUUGAGGGGUUAGGGACCAGAAGAAAGAACUGAACUUUGACCUCGGAUCAAAAUCUGUUAUCCCAGACUCAGUAGUCUUUAACAAACAAACACAUAGCUGGACAGAUUAGAGGAGUGGGAGAGGGAGGUAGAGACAGAUGGGGGUAAGUCGAGCUUUAGGGAUUAACAUGGUCCUUGUUUAGGUCAGAUGGCUGUUAUGAUGGGGCCCUUAUUCACCAAGGCAGCCCAAUUCUGAUAUACAUACAGAUAUUUUUAUUAACAAUAACAGAUCGUUUCACCUCAGAUCUUUGGAUCUGACUGGUCAAAAUGUAAAAAAAUUAAAAGCUGAUCUGACUGGUAACUUGUAAAAAAUAUUAUAAUUGGGCCAUCUGUGUGAAGAUAGUCGUAACAUCUCAGGAGAAGAUCAUUUCUGUAUUGCCAAUUCAGUAUUGCCAAUUCUGAUGCAUAUUUUUCAUCAAUCAGUCUUUUCAUAUCAGUUCCCCAAAACAUUUUUUUGCCUGAGUAAACACAUUCUGUAGAAUCACAGCAGAGCUCAGGAGAAGAACUGUCCUGUCACUUCCUGUCCAGUGGCAUCACCCUCCUACUGUUGUUUUGUGGUCAGCCAUGUUGUUUACACCUGCCCUGCUACUGUUGUUCUGUGGUCAGCCAUGUUGUUUACACCUGCCCUACUACUGUUGUUCUGUCGUCAGCCAUGUUAUUUGUACCUGCCCUGCUACUGUUACAGCAUCACUGACAGAUUGGGCCCAGCUUUCAGGCUGAAGCCAUUUUGUUCAUUGUGUGUUAGUGUCUCAUUAAACCUGUUCACACUA